CUCUCCUGCUCUCCGCGUCUCCGGCCGCCGCCCUCACCACCUCCCGCCGCCUCCUGCUCCUCCAUCCCACCCAGAAAUGGCAAAAAGGAUUAGGAUUAAUUGGAAGCAAGAAGGUGUUGAAAAAACCUUUCUUGAAGCAUGUGUUCAUCAAAUAACCGUUAAUGGACGUGAAGGAAGUAGUCUUAAACAAGCGUCAUGGAAAACUGUAGCUGAAAAUUUGAAAACACAACAUAAUUUCAUAGUGGAACAACGUCAAAUGAAGAAUCACUAUGAUUUUCUAAAAGGAAAAUUUGCAGCUUGGUUAAAGCUUAAAAACAAAACCGGGAAUGUCUAUGAUCCAGUUACAAACAGCUUUAACUUGUCAGAAGAAGAGUGGCAAAUUGAGAUGAAGUCUAACAAGUAUGUAGAAGCUUUGAGAAGUGCGCCACUUGCUUUCCCCGAGCUUUGUUGUCAAUUGUUUGAGGGGUCUACUUCAAAUGGGUUUGAUAGUUGGGGGCCAAGUUCUACGCUUCCUCAUCCUUCCGAGGAAGUGAAUGAGCACAAUUUGGAUGGUAUGGAUGUCGAAUGCACUCAAGUGGAUUCCCCAGGUAAAGGUGUUAGUGAGGAGUCAAGUAUUCGGUCCCAAAAAAAAGAAAAAGGAGAGAAACGAAAACAUAAGGCAACAUUAGAGUCACAGCUUAUAGAAGUUGGUGAAGAUAUUAGCAAGUUGGCAAAGAUGAUGAUUGAGAAACACACACUUUCUGAUGAUAUGGAUGCAUGUUUGGAGAAGUUGGAGACAUUGGGUUGGGAUGAGUCGGAUGCGAAAUACGAAACAGCGCUUUUGCUUUUUGGUGAGAGUGCCGAUCUUAGGAAACUGUGGGUACGUCUUAAGCCGCAGAAUUGUGAGAAAUGGGUUAAGAAUGCGGGAGCGAAGUAUGGAUUGUUUAACUAAGAUUGUGCUUUGAUUGUUUUUUUAAUUUUUUUUUUGGGUUAGAUGUUA